AUGGCUCAGAGACGCAUUGCGAACCCCGCCCUCUUUAUCUGCGAUCUUCAAGAGAAGUUUCGUCCAGCUAUCUAUGAGUUUCCUAAAGUCGUUUCCACGGCACAAAAGUUGCUGAAAGCGAGCAAGUUACUGAACAUUCCCGUCUUCGCAACUACCCAGAACAAAGCGCGAUUGGGCGAGACAUGUCCGGAGCUGAAGCUGGAUCAGCCUGAGGGCAUCAAGACAGUCUGUCAUCUUGACAAGACAUUAUUUUCAAUGAUAACACCAGAAGUCAAGCAAGCACUAGACUCGCUCAACGCCUCCGGACCACUCUCCUGCAUCAUUGUCGGCAUCGAGAGCCACAUCUGUGUCACUCAGACCACACUCGAUCUCCUCCGGGCCGGACACAGGGUCUAUGUCAUUGCUGAUGGCGUAAGCUCGUGUAAUAAAGAGGAGGUGCCGAUUGCUUUGGCGAGGCUGCGGCAUGAAGGUGCCGUGGUCACCUCGAGUGAGAGCUUCAUGUACGAAUACGUUGGGGACGCUAGUACACCCGAAUUCAAAGAAAUCAUCAAGGUAGUCAAAGAGACGUCGCAAAGCACAAAGGAGGCAAUGCAGACGCUUUGUAAAAUCUGA